ACUGUAGGAAAUGUUACAAAGUAUGCAUUUCUCUGUUAGUAUGUAGGCUCUUAGGUUGUUCUUUUAUGGUCAGUUUUAUUGGCCAUAGUUCAAGUUUAUAUGUGUUUAACUUUAUUGAGCAGCGACGAUAGCGCACAUAGUUAGUCUCUCAAAUGAAUACCUACUAUAAGUGUCUAACUAGAGCAUUAGUAUGUAUAACCAGAACAAAUGUGACAACAACUAUGAUGGCGGCAUCAACUGGUAUUACAACUACAAUGUAAAGUCGUUUCAUUAUUCAUUAUAAGAAAUUGAGGUCGGUCUGACUGGCUUCGGUUAUACUUCUCGGGUAUGGCCCGCUCUCCCAAAAAAUAUAAUUAAGGCCCGAUUAUAAUGACCAGAACUCAUUGGAAUGGUCAGCACCAUGAACGAUUCAACUAGCAGUAACACAAGUCGUAGGGACGAAGUCAUGACUACCAGUACAGAUAGAAACUCUAGCUCGUCGUCAAUAUCUCCAAAUCAAAGUCUUGGGCUGACAAUUAGUGAGAUACCACCACCCGUUCCACUUCAACUGGUGGUAGAAGAGCCACAUCCAGAGAGGGAGCAGAAAGCUUUACCUUCCUCAAGGUAUAUCAUGGACAACUCAUGGAGUAACGUAUUUGCUACUGCAAAGGAGAUGUGUCGCAUGAGUAUAAUUCUAGAGAACAAAGGGUCCGUAGCCCGAGAUCACUUGGCUAACGAGAGAACAUUCUUAAGUUGGAUACGAACAGGCACCAACUUAGUAGCAUUUGGUAUUGGGUUUCUUCAGAUUUAUAGCUUAGAUAUCAAGGCCAAUAGCAUAGUUGUAGAUCAAAAUACGGGCCAACUGCAAAAUUUAACUAAUGAUACUCAUAAAAUGUAUCAGGCUCUAACUAAACCAAUAUCUAGUAUAUGUGUAAUCUUGGGUAUAUUAAGUUGUAUAUUUGGCUUAACUCGGUAUUUUCAGGUUCAGUUCUUACUUAUACGUAAUUACUAUCCUGCUACACGAUUACUUUUAGUUAUACUAAUAUUAGUUAACUUAGCUAUGCUUAUACUACUAUUGAUUCUUGAUGCUAAGGUGACGGCUCAUAGUUAGCACUAGCACCCCAUCAAUAUUACAUGCCACAAGCAAUACUAUAAUACACUACACUAUAUACAACACUGUACACAACGCAUCACACACUACCAUACAGCGCACUAACCUUUACUGCUACAGUAAUGUGUGAGGUGC